AUGGAUCUCCAGUCCGGUAUUGCUAUCCCUAUCCAAUGUCACACUUGCCGCAAGACGUUCACCAAUCGCUCGGGACUUACCCAACAUCGCAAUGCUGCACAUCCCCGACCUCGCGCCGCUGUUCAGCAACCACCAGUCGAGCCGGCCGAACUGCGUGACGAUCAACAUCAUGAGAACGAAGCAGCGGUCAUUGGGCCCGAAAGGGAGCACGAACCUUUGGAAGCUGCACCGAUCCGAUGGCGACAGAUAUACCACACUGCACUCAAUGCCUUGCCGUGUACCAGAGACGGGAGCUCCUAUCUCGACCCAGGAGCACCACCACCAGAACGAGAGAGGCCUGCGGAAGGCGAUUGGGCACCGUUUGGCUCGCGCCUGGAGUUUGAGGUUGCGGAGUUCUUGUAUCAGAAGAAUCAGAUGUCGCAGAGGGACAUCAACACGUUGAUGGGUCUAUGCGCCGCCUCGCUGGUUCAGUACGGAGGGAGACCACCGUUCGAGAACUCUGCGCACCUCCUCGAUACGAUCGAUGCAAUUCCCCUUGGGGAUGCUCCCUGGUCUAAAGUCGAGUUCAGUUACCAAGGACCCAUCCCGGAAGGCGACGUACCGUCAUGGAUGACUGAGAAGUACGUCAUCUGGAAACGCGACACUCGUGUCGUGGCCCGCUCGUUGAUUGACUGUGAAGACUACAACGGCGAGAAUGAAUUCGACCUUGUGCCGUAUCAGGAGGACGAAAUCGCCGCAGCGGACCCUACGACGCACGGCUCGAUGUUUGUCCCGCUCAUUGUGGGAAGUGACAAGACGACCGUGUCAGUCGCCACUGGGCAUAACGAGUAUUAUCCAUUGUACAUUUCCAUCGGUAACGUCUCAAAUAAAGUGAGACGUGCUCACCGUAAUGCCGUCCGCGUGGUUGCUUUCCUGGCUAUCGCAAAGUGUGAGAAGAAGCACCAAGGCACUGCCGCCUUCCGUACAUUCAAACGCCAGCUGUACCACGCUAGCGUCUCGAGUGUUCUCGAACCUCUCCGGCCGGCCAUGACUAUACCAGAAGUCGUUCGCUGCCCUGAUUCACACUUCCGCCGCGCAAUCUUUGGUAUCGGACCGAACCUCAUGGACUACCCCGAGCAAGCAUUGGCCGCCUGCGUCGUCGAGGGAUGGUGUCCGGUCUGUCCAGGGCCUUGCCAUCACCUCGACGAUGGCUUUGCACAAGGACGUCGAUCGCAAGAGCUCACAGAGGAGCUCGUCCGGCUGUUCGAUGCCAAACUCUUGUGGGAUGAAUACGGCAUAGUAGCCAAUGUAAUUCCGUACACAAACGACUUUCUGCGCGCAGACAUCCAUGAGAUACUGUCUGGCGACCUCCUACAUCAAAUAAUCAAGCCCUUCAAGGAUCAUGGCGUGGACUGGACGAUCGAAUACCUCAAAAUCGCAUAUGGAGAGGCAAGAGCUGCAGAGAUCCUAGAUGAGAUUGACCGACGGAUUGCCGCGAUGCCGCCAUUUGCGGGCCUACGACAUUUCCACCAGGGACGUAACUUCAAGCAGUGGACGGGCGAUGAUUCCCGAGCCCUCAUGAAGGUCUGGCUGGCCGCAAUCAAAGGUCUUGUCCCGCGCGAGCUCGUCCGCAUGGCUCAUGAAUACCUCGAGUUCGCGUAUCGCAUUCGUCACCCUGUGCAGACCGACAAGAAGCUCGACGAAUGCGAGACGCACCUUGCCGAGUAUCAUCGCCAUCGCGAGUACCUCCGUCAUACAGGUGUCCCGCCUGACGGCUUCUCGAUUCCACGCCAGCACUCACAUGGGCACACACCCCGCCACACCUGGAAUUUCGGCGCUUUGUAUGGCCUGUGUACAUCACUUACCGAGAGCAAGCAUAUCAAGGCUGUGAAGGAACCCUGGCGGCGCUCCAACCGGUACCAUGCGCUCGGCCAGAUGUUAUUGACGAACCAGCGGCUCGACAAGCUCGCUGCAGCACGUGUCGACUUCACUGCGCGCGGCAUGCUUGACGGGACCUGUCUCUCCGAGGCUCUUACUGCGUCCAUUGUUGAAGAAAGAGGUUUUAGGCUUAGUAAGCCCAGUGGCAGUGAAGGACUAAAGAGUGAGUGA